GCGCUCGUGAUUGGGUGUCCGGAAAAGGAAGACCCGCCUCCCCGACGGUGGUAUUUAAAAGUCCCGAGUGCCAACGUAGCGAGAUCCGCUGCUCACACCCGGAGGGAGGUGACGGGAGAGGCUGCUGCAGGCUGUCCGUCAUGAUGCUGCUCAAGUCACUCGCGUCCCUCUGCGUCCUGGCUGCCGUUGCCCUUGCGGUCCCCGCGAAGGAGAAGCGCGUCCAUCACCAUGCCGACCUGAGCGACCACGACCACAACGACGCGCAGGGCUUCCAGUAUGACCACGAGGCCUUUCUGGGCAAGGAGGAGGCCAAGACCUUUGACCAGCUGACCUCCGACGAGAGCAAAGACAGAUUGGCGAAGAUCGUGGACCGCAUCGACACCGACAAGGACGGCUACGUCAGCCACGGCGAGCUGCACUACUGGAUCAAACACCGGCAGAGGAGGUACAUCGAGGAGAACGUGAACAAGCACUGGAACGAAUAUGACAAGAAUCAAGAUGGCAAGAUCGGCUGGGAGGAGUACAAAAACACCACCUAUGGAUACUAUCUGGAUGAGGAGUUUGAUGAUGUUGAAGACAAGGACACCUACAGGUCCAUGCUGAGACGGGACGAGAGGCGCUUCAAGACAGCCGACCGGGACGGGGACGGUAUUGCCACGCGGGAGGAGUUCACUGCCUUCCUCCACCCGGAGGAGUUCGACUACAUGAAGGACCUGGUGGUGCAGGAGACUGUGGAAGACAUUGAUAAGAAUGGCGAUGGCAAGAUCAACCUAUAUGAGUACAUUGGCGACAUGUACACUCAGGAGGAUGGCGAGAGUGAGCCUGACUGGGUCCAGACGGAGCGGAAACAGUUCUCAGAUUUCAGAGAUGCCAACAAGGACGGCUACCUGGAUGCCGGUGAGGUGGCCAACUGGAUUUUGCCAGGAGAGAUUGACCACGCCGACAAUGAAGCCAAACACUUAAUCCACGAGACGGACACGGACAAGGACGAGAAAAUAACCAAGAAGGAGAUUCUGGCCAACUGGAACAUGUUUGUGGGCAGCCAGGCGACCAAUUACGGGGAGGAUUUAACGAAGAGGCACGAUGAACUUUGAUGAGCCUUCACACUCCAAAAGGGAGCUCAUUUUUGGGGUUUUAUUUUAAUACUAUUGUAACUUUUGAUGACGGGGGUUGUGGGGGGGCGGGGGGGGGCCUUUGUAACUUGGAUUGGAGUUCACAUCCACACAUGCACACAGACAGACACGGGCUCAAAGCAUGCAAUCACAUACUGUGUAUGUGAGUACAGAUCAUACUGAGGCCUGAAGCGCUCCUUCUUUGUGUAGGUCACAUGUCCGUUACUGAGACGUCUGUCCUCAUAGGUCACACGUUGUCCAGCGUGUACUGGAGGUUGUUUUUGUAUCUGAGACACGCGUGGCAACACAGGUCAGAAAGCAUGUAGACAUGAUGUGCUGUCAGUGUGUAUGAAACUCAGCUGGACGAGAGGACACCAGGGGGUUUUGGAGACCUAAAGCUGUUACUGACAUUUUUUCAGGGCUUGCCUUUUGAAUAAAAUCUUUUUUCUACCA